AUGGCAUCCUCCCCCAACCCCCUCACGCCCCUGCCCCCCUCCAUCGCCUCCUCCGCUGACUCCUCCCACACCGCACCCAACACCGCCGCCAGGGCAGACCAGGUGCUCUACCGCUUCUACUUGAAGACCGUCGCUGUCCUCGUAGAGGCCCGGCUCACCCAUUAUGGGAGUCAGACCACCGAUAAGAAGGACCGAUGGUUCAAUCUCAUCCUUCCCGAGAUCGACCUUCACAAGGCCGACCUACAAGUGUACCGGUCUAUAUCGACAUACCAGCCGUUCACCCCUCCCGAGCUCCCAUCGGCAUCUGCAGACUCUUGCAGUAUCCCGCCACUCCUGAUAGCGUUCAUCCUCGAUACAAGUGAUGUUCCGCAUGGACAAGCUCUACUAUGGAACAGAAGUGGCGGCAAGGUCGCUCUGGAUAUUGGAUCGCAGUCUGCGAAAGGAAAAGGAAAGGAGAAGGAGGAGCGAUUGGGCAUCGUACUGGAGAGAUGGACCGUACGCGCCGAAACGAUCGCGCAAGCCCCGUCCGGAUCUCAAAUAGCUCCUCAUACAGCGUACCGCCUGGGCAUCAUCCACUUUCGCGCCCUCCACUCUCUCGUCCGCCUCCUUCCCGCCUACCGACUAUAUCGACGCUUACGUCGGUCGAAUACUGGGCUGCGUAUGGGGAUCAAACUCUGGGGCGCAGAGGGGUACGACAACUCCCCGCAAGGGCUCAAAGAAGCCUGGGAAGUCAUGGAGAGCGACCUGACCAGCCUAGACAAGGGCCUGGAAGAGCUCGUCCUUGGGGGAGAAGAGGUUGAGCCCGAGUCGGUCGAAAAGUACGACUUUCCCCGGAUAGAUCUCUUCGGCAAUGGAUAUACUGUGCAAGCAGAGUAUAGACCUGAAGUGGAUUUUACGACGGGAGAUUUGGAGGCGGUACUGAGUGAGAAAUUCGUGGAUAUGGAUGAGGACUGGUUUACGCCAACUGUGGCUGCAAGACGGCGCUCCGACAGUGUUGCUCCCUCUACUCCAGAGAACCCUCGUACUAUCCGCAAGUCUAGUCUCCCCGCGCCUAUACCCUCGAGUAAUUCCACCACAUCUCCGAUUCCACAGAGACAGGCUGCCGCGACAGUGGGCAGCUUUGCGUCUGGUGGGUCGUACACCAGACGUAGGCAAGUCUCUGCAGCGGCUACAGCACCGCCAAGCCAGAAGAAGGACAAGUGGGGUGCGCUCGGUGAAGGACUAGCAUUUGCGGGAAGGUCACCGGCGGCUAGUCAAGUUGAGGGUCAAGUGCCACCGUCACCUAAUCCAGGUGGUAUUGUAGCAGCCCGUCGUCUGUCUGGGCACUCCAUUCAGCCCUUUGGCUCCUCUUCCCCUUCGGCGUCUCUACUCCGCGGCACUCCUCCCCAUCCCAAUACCUCCGGCGGCGCCCCCAUCCCUACAACUUCCGCCCGUCCCUCUAUAGCGACCGCUCGCCAAUCGACCUCUGUAGGCCGCACAUCCUCCUUCUUAUCCCAAUCCGGCCGGUCAUUCACACACGCGCAAAUUGCAAACAUGUAUUCUGGGUCGGCCUCGCCGCCAGUGACGGGUGCAAUGUCGGGCAUCCAUCAGCCGCCUUCGCCUACUGCUCACCAGGGGCUGUGGAAAGGCGAUUCGCCCAUCUCGCCGUCCAGUUUGACCUUUGCAAAGCAGCCUGUGCCUCGACGGGUGUCCAAUUCUCGAGCGGGCUUUACGCCAGGCUCGAUGGGAUCGCCGUUCGUACCGGGCUCAAUCGAGAAAGAUGGCAGCCUGUCCACAUCCGCCAACGCUCCUUACCUCAUCAAACGCUACUCUUCCUCCAUCUCCUCACGCCCUUCUUCUGUCAACCAGCGGACGGCACUUUCAGUAUCUCACGGUUCAGGCGACAGCGCUUCCGGCUCAUAUGGAGCAGGUGGAGGGCUGAGAAGGACCAAUACGCGGGAAAGUGGGCUGAGACAUAGUGUUGAGCCAAAGAGGGAAGCGACCAUCAAGGUAGCAGAUGCGGACGAUAUCCAGGCGUUCUUGCGCACGCUGGAUAGUGCCCCUGCUCCUAGUUCAAGAAAUCAAUUCGGGAUGCCUGGCGGAUCGGCAUACACCUCGAUGGGAUCAUCUCAUUCCCGUGGUGAGAUUCCCACGUCACCUCUUGCAAGGUCACGCCGACAAUCCCCAUCGCAACUUCAUACCAACGGCCAAGUACCCAAAACCCGUGCAUGGGUUGACGAGGAACUCAAAAGAUUUGCGGGGAGGUUUGAUUCUCCUGGCGAUCUCCCUAUCAGUCCCGGUCUCAGUAAGAAUCCAAGCCAGAGCGCGACAGCAAUGAGCUCGGCAAGGGGAUCGUUCUCCCAAGGGCCAGGGACGCCGGGAUUGUUGAGUGCUAGCAGGCCGAGCAGUGCUGCCAUCAAGAUAGCUAGCGGGAGAGGUCAAGGAGAACGGGAUGCCGAGUUGGUCUUUGGGAGCAGAAGGAGAUCGUCUGGUGGGCCAUCGCCCCUCUCUCAGGGUCUCGUGGCGCCUGGAAAGAGUCCCCUCGGGAGCCCGAGGCGGACACUCGGAUCUGUGGAGGAGCAUGGGGCCUUGAACAGACCCGCACUUGACAAGGAAGAAGUUCAUGGAGGUCAAGGGGCCAGGAGCUUACCGGGUAGCUCUCUGGGGGUUACUACUGCUCGAGACCGGUCGUCAGAUCCACCUCUCAGGUCUGCUGCACCCUAUGGCUAUCCCUAUCCCACGCCCUACCCGCCCGUAUCCUCUCGGCCCUCAGACCUGUCCCCUCAGACCACGGGCAGUGCUUCCACCGACUCUUAUACCACCGCCAGUCCGGUAGCUGGAGCCGGGAGGACUCAACGCCGUGGACCGGUUCUACUCAAGGGAGGCUUCGGAGGCACAUCAGCCAGUAACACGCCCAGUCAUAGUCCAGUGAGAGAUCGCUCAAGGGCGGGGAUGCCUUCGAGCUCUGGGAGUACUGGAUUGGGAGUUGUGUAUGGGCAUGGGAAGGAGGCAAGAGCGGGUUCUGUUCCUUUGGAUAAAGAAGAUAGAGUGGACAUUGGCAGGAGAGGGAGCACCUCCAUUGCCCAAGUUCACGCAUAUAAUUCGGGUCUACCCUCCCCAGCCAUCUCCGAACGACGAACAUCGACUCUUGAUGGUUUAGGGGGGCUCCGUUCGGCCAGCGGUUCGGGUAUAGCCCGUAUCGUAGGACAGAGGACUGCACCGAGCUCUCUAGGCCGUGAAGACCAUACUAGGCGAGGUGGGGCCGAGGCGAGGAGAGGACGAAGCGAUGAACAGAGUACGGAAGGACAGGAAGAAGACGAGGGAGCUGAGGGGAUUGUGGGAGAUAUGAGUGGUCUGGGCUUUGACGAAGCUUAG